AUGGGGCAACGCUUUUCAAAAGAUGAGGGAUAUGUUCAAGUAGUCAUUCUUGGACUAGAGCACGCUGGCAAGUCUUCAAUCCUUUAUCGUCUCACCUAUGAUCUUUUCAUGGAAGCAAUUCCAACUAGUGGAUUUAAUCAUGAAAAGUUCUGUCUUCAGCGAGGACCGGGACGAGGCUGUAAAUUUGCGGUUUGGGAUGCGAGUGGUAGUGAAGCUUCACAAACAGCUUGGAGCACCUAUUCGAAAGCUGCAGACGUCAUCUUGUUUGUUGUCGAUUCGGCUGAUUGCGAGAAGUUCAACAAAGCAAAGGAUCUACUGAAUACCGUUUUAGGAGCCGGCGAUUUCCCACCACAUGCAGUGAUCAUGGUGCUUGCAAAUAAGCAAGAUCUCACUUCAGCGAAAAAGCCCGAAGAGUUGUUUACGCUUCUUCGACUAAAAAAGCUACGUAAAAUCUGCAUUCGUGGUUGCUCGGCGAAAGACGGCACGGGUUUAGACGAUAUCUUCACACAUUUAUUUCUACUUUUCGAUCAUUCAAGAAAAUUGAAACGAUGCAAGACCGUGCAAGUGAUCGAA